AUGGUAAUCAAGCUAAAAAUUUGUUUCUUUUCAGUGUUUGUGUUGUUUCCGAUUGCUGUUUCCACGACUACCUUAGUGGCAAAUUUUGAUAUGCAAGGCAUUAGUGGUACUAUACAAUUUGAACAGACAGGCAGUGGAAAUAUAACCACCAUCACUGUAAUGUUAACAGGACUAGAAGAGAAUGUAUUUUAUGAUUGGAACAUCAUGGAAUUCCCUGUAUUUUAUGAUCUUAGUGAUAAAUGUGCUGUUACUGUUCUUGGAGAUUCGGUUUAUGACUUGGGGCUAGCAAUUAGCUUGUUGACUUCGAGUCUGGUAGAUGGUGACAUGUAUACUGUCACAUCUGUAGAGUUGACAGGGGUACACAGUAUACAGGGCAGGUCAAUACUCUUAGACAAUGGAUCAGACCGUGUGUGUGCCACAAUAAGUCUAAAUCAAGAUAUCAUUAAUGCUGUAGCUAUUUUACACAUGCCUGUUGCCGGUGUCAUCCUGUUUCAACAACUUGCCAGUGACAGUACAGCUGUUACAACGAUAGAUACAGAUCUUUUUUAUGUGGAUGGGACAACAGGGGAUGUAUAUGAUUGGUCAGUUUAUACUAAUACUAAUGGUGUGGACUAUGAGACAUCUAAUUCAGGGAAAUGUGAUGAUACCAUCUCAGUUUACAAUCCUAUUGGUAGUGACAAUACUAACUGUGGAACCAGCAUGCAAGAAAACUGCCAAAUUGGACAUUUAUCAGGAAAGCUUGCAGGGCUCACCAUUGGAACUUAUAAAGGUGUUGCCAUUAAUCACUUUGUUGACACAAAUUUGCCACUUUCUGGUGAAAAUUCUAUAAUUGGUCGUACAUUAGUUAUUUUAACCAGCAAUGGUGAGAAGCUUGCAUGUGGAUAUAUUACUCAACUGAAUAAGAGAAAAGUUACAAGUGAAUUCAACUCUGAUGGUGUGACUGGGACAAUCAGCUUCAGUCAAUCAUCAUCAUUACACCCAACGUUAGUAGAAGUCAACCUAAAUAAUUUACAAAAUCAAGCUCAUACUUACCACGUUCAUGAAUUUCCUGUUCCACAUAGAAAGACAACAGAUGAUAGUUUAUGUAACAGUUACUCAGUUGGAGGCCACUGGAACCCAUACAAUGUUGUUGAUAGUCCGGCGACUGGUACUAAUGACCAGUACGAAAUUGGAGACCUGAGUGGAAAAUAUGGAACAAUAUCAGGAACAUCGUUUUCCGGCAGUUAUAUUGAUUUCAAUUUACCAUUAUUUGGCCAAAAUAGUAUUAUUGGUCGAUCCAUUGUUAUUCAUAAAUCAGAUGGUUCACGGUGGGUGUGUGCUAAUAUUAACUAUCCCACAUCAACUCUGACAGCAAUUGCCGUUUUCAAUGCACCUAUUGGUGGAUAUAUCAUGAUGCGACAAGAUGACAAUGAUCCUUUCUCUGAUACGUCUGUUUUUGUGGAUAUUGCUUAUGUUGAUGGCACUGUACGUACAACCAAUCAUGAUUGGCAUGUUCACGUUGAAAAGCUUGCUGAUGAUUACUUGAGUGACGAAUCAAGAUGUGCUAGCGUCAGUGGGCAUUAUAAUCCCUAUCAAGUUAGCUUAGAUGACUCAUACAGUGCACAUUGCAAUAAUGAAAAUCAACAAAGAUGCGAACUGGGAGAUUUUGCAGGUAAACAUGGACAACUGGUAAUCGCUAGUGACCUCAGCAUGAUUGGUGGAAAGGCAUUUUUUACAGAUACACAAAUGGCCCUGUCUGGAACCGCAUCAGUGAUCGGUAGAUCUAUUGUUAUUCACGAGUCUGAAUCUGGUACUGGGCGUCUGGCAUGUGCUGAUAUCCAUGAAUUUAAACAUGUAGUUACCAGAUCUGAUAAUUGGAGUGAUGACUCUAUCUUUGGGUUCGUGGAGUUGACCCAGACUUCCUUAUUUGAUCCAGUUACAGUGGACAUUGAUCUAUCCGGACUUCAGAGUUCAGCCGGAGGUUACCAUAUACAUAUUCUCCCGAUUCUAUCUGGUGCAGAUCCUGUGUGUGGUGAAUAUUCUGUGCAAGGACACUUCAAUCCAUUUGGAAUAUUAGGCAGUGCAGAUACUGGAACUCAUGAUAUGUACGAGGUUGGAGACCUGAGUGGCAAGUUUGGAAGUUUAAAUGGUCUUGAUUUCUUGGCAGCCAAUUACAGUGACUAUAACUGUGCACUGACAGGAGCACAGAGUGUGGUUGGAAGAUCUAUUGUGAUUCAUAGAGAUGACGAAUCUGGAUCACGAUGGUCAUGUUCUGAUAUUGUAAGCCAAUUAGAUUCCUUUCAAUACAAACUGAACGCUGUUGCAUCGUGGGAUACAUCCAUCUUCUUGGGGUCCAUUUCAUUUAGCCAAAUUCACUAUAGCGAUGGUCGGCUUGGUGAUACAACAUUAGUCGUUGACAUAUCGUCCAAUUCACAACAGGACUUGACUUACAACUGGAGUAUACAUGAAGGCUUUAAUUAUGAUUGUUCUGGAAUUGGAGAUGUAUUCAAUCCUUAUCGAGUUAGUGCACAGGACAAUUACAACAUAUUAUGCAGUGUAUUGUAUCACUCUCAUUGUCAAGUUGGUGACUUAAGUGGUCGGCAUGGUUAUCCUGGAACCAGACGUGUCCUUUUCACAGACUCUAAUAUUCCAUUAUUUGGAGAUGCAUCAGUGAUUGGACGUACAAUUAUGCUGACUCCAUCAGAUGGCUCUGUGCCAUCAUGUCAAACUAUUGAACCAACAACAGACACUGCUGCACAAGCAUCCCUAGGCUUUGCCUCAUUGGUUGCUGAAUUUAAUGCAUAUGACUUUAGAAAGGAAGUGUCUGCAUUCUGUGGCAUUGACAUGUGGCAAGUCAUAGCGACAAGAGAUAUUGAGAACACUAUUGAUGGCUGUCAAGCUAUUACUUUCUGGUUUGCUGGUACCAACUCAGAUGAUAUUAAAGCUGACUUUCUUACACGGUCACAGGGUGAAGAGGGCAGUACACUUGGAAUCUAUGCCCCAACUGAUAACUGUCCAAUGCAAAAUGCUG